CUGAUUCUGAAAUGAGUAAAAUACUUUACUAACUCAUAUUUUAUUGCUAAAUUCAUUAUUAAAAUACAAAAUCCUUUAUUUUGAUACAUUUGAUUCAUUUAGUCCUUCAUUCAAGUCAUAUUUUUGUUUUUCAAGAAUUUCAUGCAAACCUUUUUUAAAUUGGUCAUUCGGAGGAGCAGUGUGUAGAGUUUUGAGGCAAAAAAUGUUUGCAAUCCCAGUGGAUUAAGGUUUUAAUAUUACAAAAUGUGGAACAAGUGAAUACUUGUAUGUACUGUAAGUGGUGGAGUUGAAGAACUAUGUAUUAUACAUCCUUUGCUUUAAUUUAACCUUUGCAAAAUAAAACUGUCAGGCUACUAGUGUUUUUCUCCCUCUGUGACUCUACCUACCCUCUAUAUUGGUACACCUAGUGUUUGACACCUAGUAGUCAAUGUUAAUUUUUAUCAGGUGGAAGUGAAGUUCCACCAGUGUCGUGUGUUGCAGGUAAGACAGGGGAGAGUAAAGGCUUAAAUGUGAUGCACUUUAGCUAGUUAGGAAACUGUGUCUUUAAUUUCAGAAAAGGCAUCUACACAGCACCACUAGAUCAUCACUGUCAAGACUUGAUUUCACAGAAAGCUGCUAUUGAGCACAUUUUUAAGUAAAUUCAAAAAAAGAAUCAAGCCAUGUGAACAGUGACAAGACUGCUCAAAGCCAUAUGGACUGUAAGAAUAGAAUAGAAGAUAAAAAACAAAAAAACAUGAUGUCAUACAUUCUGAACUGAAGGAUUAGAGCAUGACCUCCCAAACACACAUUCAGAGCAGUUCAAACAUAGCAGCAGUGGUGUGUUGUGUGUGGUUAUAAAAAGGGUGACAUUAUGCGGACUGUAACUGGACUCCUGCAGGCUGCAGGAUGAGAUGCUCACCACAAACACAACUAUUCUUAGAUAUUUUGUUGGUGUUGUACAGACAGCCAUCUGUUUUUCCAUCAAGACGACAAUAUGUGGAAGGUCAAACCUCCAGUUACAUUUCCUAAGGAGGUGAAAUACCGGCCAAUUUUAGAGAAUUUGAUUCCCCCUGACCCCAUGGCCCAAUUUCACCUGAAGAGAGGUUUCCCUCAAGAGGAGUUUCCUGACUUGUGCAGGAACUUUACCUGGAUGGGUCGAAUCCUCACACUGGAUCUGUACCGCCGACAGUUUAACCGCUGCACCCAGAGUGGAGUAAUCUUUGAUGAUGUCAUUCGUCCCGGCCUGGAGGAACCAGGAGAUUAUUUAGGUCCUGUAUCUGUCGGGUGUGUUGCCGGUGAUGCCGAGUCCUACAUCCUGUUCUGUGAUUUCUUUGACCGAGUUAUUGAAGCAUAUCAUGAACAGAAGAUCACCAGCCAGACACCAGAGAGUGAUUUGAACUAUGACAACUUGAAGGGUGGUGAUGACUUGGACAGAUCGUACGCUGUACGCUGUGAGGUCAGUGUUGUUCGAGGUAUUGAAGAUUUCUGCUUCCCAACACACUGCAGCCGAGGAGAGCGCAGACAGCUUCUCACACUGGCUAGGCAAGCUUUGGAGCAACUGGAACAGAAGCUGGCAGGUCGACUUCUCUUACUAACGGACUUAAGCCAAGAGCAACAGAGUGAGCUGAAUCUUAAAGCUCCAACUUCCUUCCAGCUCCGCAUAGGUGUGGCCCGGGACUGGCCUGAUGCCAGGGCAGUUUGGGUGAGUGAAGACAGGAGCCUGUUGGUCUGGGUCAACAUAGAUGAGCACCUCAGGCUGGUAUCAACGCGAGAAGAUGCCAAUGUGGCUCAAGCUUUUCAAUGCAUCUGCAUCAACUUGCAAAAGCUGGAGAAGUACUACAGAGGUCUCAGACAUCCGUUUAUCUGGAAGCAGCAGUUGGGAUGGGUGACGAGCUCCCCGGCUAAUGUGGGUACAGGUCUGAGGAUCAGCGUCCUCAUCAAACUGCAACACCUUCCCAAACAUAAACACCUUAAGGAUGUCCUGAAAAGACUGAGGAUCAACAUGGACAAAACAGAUUCCCCGGAACUAUAUAACAUAGGCAACAUGGCAACCUUUGGCCUUACCGAGGUGGCACUGACCCAGCUGGUGGUGGACGGGGUUAAGCUACUUAUCAUCAUGGAGAAAAGGCUGGAAGGCAGCCUAAGUAUAGAUGAGCUUGUUCCUGCACAGAAGUAGAAACAUUAGGAAGACAAGUGGCUGAAGGAAAACUAGCAAAAAGAAAUGAUUGUUAAGAAGACUAUGGAAAAAUGUACCUUGCCUACUUUGAUCAAGAUAAAGAUUAAGUUGAUAAAAGUUGUACUUUACAAUAGGACUUCACGAUGGAUUAAAAAAACAGAUGACAUGAAUGAUGUCAGUAUUAACUAAUGGAUCGCACAACCCUGCAAUUACAAAGAGUAAUGUAUUUCUUUUACAGAGAAUACCUGUCUGAUGGAAAACAUGAACUAUUAUUUAAGUAUCUAUUAAAGAAACAAAUCGUUCAUAAGGCACUCACUGAAAUAAUUUUAAUCCUUAUUGACUGUUAUUGGUCCACAGUAGGAGACAGUUUGACUUUUGUGACUUUUUUCAAUAAGUUAAUUAUUUAAUAUAUAUUUGUUCUGAAAUAUGCAUGAAAGUAAAUUUGCUUGCUGAAUUGUAAGUGCAUUUAA